AUGAAAGGUAAAUUGCUCUUAAAGUUCUGGAUUAGGAGUGGGGGUUUCGCCUUUCUGGAUCAGGGGUGGGGGUUUCGCCUUCUUUCGUGUUCCGCCGAAUUUCGCGGGGGUGCCGUUUCGCCUGUCUUCUUUCGUGUUUCGCCUUCUUAUUGUUUCGUAUUUCGCCUUUUUUGGUGUUUCGUAUUUCGUCUUUCACUAUUUUAAAAUCAUUUUUGGCACACCCCUGUCUAUAUAAAUUUUUCAAAUGAUACCUUUUUCGUUUGUUGUUCUUGUAAAAAUUGUAAAUUUUGUGGGAAAAGUGUUGCUGGUGCGGACAUUCUUCUAGUAGUAUUAUUA